AUGACCAUCCCGUCGGAGGUUAAAUGGCUGGAUGAUGGGGCAAUUCACUGGACGGUUGUCUGCCUAACGCCAACUGCCUUCUGGCCCUCAGAGAAGUCCUACUCGGAGCAAACCGCGCCUUUGCUUAUGGCCCAGUCGCUACAGUAUGUGUGUCGCGCCCUCCAGGAUGUCUCCCAACGCUGGCGAACUCUUCUAGAAGCACUGGAGGAGGUUGUCGACAAUCACCAGUUUUUCCAGGACCCAGAGAACUUGGCCGACAGGCUGUUAGAUGACGACUCGUUUUCGACUUCAAAGAGAUAUUUCUGGGCCAUCAACUUUCUGCACGUUCAUCCACUUGACCGAUGA